AGCACUCAGCUGCCUAUAAGGAGCUGUCCUCCAGCCCGGUGCUGAUUCCAGCUCUGGCACCGGGCGAGGUGCUUUUGGCUGUCCACUGAGCUGGACGCCUAGGGCUGCCACUGAGUUUGAAUUUGCACCGUUGAGGGGAGAGACGAGGAGAAAGAGGCGGGCGAGGAAGGCGCAUUCUGCAAGGGGCAAUUGCGGAGACUGUAACAGCAGCCGCAGUCCCAGAGAAGCCCGCUGCCGGGGUUUCCGAGGAGCGUCUGGACCCGGGAUGGAGUAAAAGAGGGACUCUCCAAGGGGUGUGGGAGGGGAUUAGGCGGUGCGGAGGAGAGCGAGGGAGAAGCCCCAAGGCUGGCGCCUGAGAAUCUGGGAUUCCACUGGGAGAGACCGCUUACUGGGGGCAAUGGAUUCUGUACUAGGGCUGACCAACGUUGUGACUUUGUUGUUCUCCGGCUUGUGGCAUUUGGGAUUAUCAGCGACAAACUAUAACUGUGAUGACCCACUAGCAUCCCUAGUCUCUCCAAUGGCUUUCUCCAGCUCCUCUGAUCGCACUGGUACUUCUAGUCCAGCUCAACUGAACUGGAGAAUGGGAACUGGUGGUUGGUCCCCAGCAGAUUCCAAUGCCCAACAGUGGCUCCAGAUGGACCUUGGGAACAGAAUGGAGAUUACAGCAGUGGCCACACAGGGAAGAUAUGGAAGCUCUGACUGGGUGACGAGUUAUGGCCUGAUGUUCAGCGACACGGGGCGCAACUGGAAACAAUACAAGCAAGAAGACAGUGUCUGGGCGUUCGCAGGGAACUCAAACGCUGACAGCGUGGUGCACCACAAGCUGCUGCACUCGGUGAGGGCCCGCUUUGUCCGCUUCCUGCCGCUGAGGUGGAACCCCAAAGGCAAGAUCGGCAUGCGAGUGGAGGCCUACGGCUGCUCCUACAAAUCAGAUGUUGCUGACUUUGAUGGAAGGAGCUCUCUGCUGUACAGGUUCAAUCAGAAGCUCAUGAGCACUCUCAAAGAUGUGGUCUCCCUCAAAUUCAAGAGUAUGCUAGGAGAUGGGGUCCUGUUCCAUGGAGAAGGGCAACGUGGAGACCGCAUCACGCUGGAACUGCAGCAGGGCAGACUGACCCUGUAUCUAAACUUAGAUGACAGCAAGUCCCGGCUCAACAGCAACCCACCCUUGGCCACCCUGGGCAGCCUCCUGGAUGACCAGCACUGGCACUCAGUCCUCAUCGAGCGGGCAGGGAAGCAGGUGAACUUCACGGUUGACAGAGAUACACAGCACUUCCGGACCAAGGGUGAGGCAGAUGCCUUGGACAUUGACUAUGAGCUUAGUUUUGGAGGGAUUCCAGUACCAGGCAAACCUGGGACCUUUCUGAAGAAAAACUUCCAUGGAUGCAUUGAGAACCUUUACUACAACGGAGUGAACAUAAUUGACCUGGCUAAAAGACGAAAACAUCAGAUCUACACUGUGGGUAACGUCACUUUUUCCUGCUCCGAGCCACAAAUUGUUCCCAUCACAUUUGUCAACUCCAGGAGCAGUUAUCUGCUGCUGCCCGGCACCCCUCAAAUUGAUGGGCUCUCAGUGAGUUUCCAGUUUCGAACAUGGAACAAGGAUGGUCUGCUUCUGUCCACAGAGCUGUCUGAAGGCUCUGGGACGCUGCUGCUGAGCCUGGAGAGCAGAACACUGAGACUCCUGAUUCUGAAAGACUUAGGACCUGGAGCUGAAAUCCUGACAGGUAACAACUUGAAUGAUGGCUUGUGGCAUUCUGUUAGCAUCAACGCCAGGAGGAACCGCAUCACUCUCACCUUGGAUAACGAUGCAGCUUCUCCAGCUGCGGACACCUCACGGAUGCAGAUUUAUUCAGGGAAUAGCUACUACUUUGGAGGAUGUCCUGACAACUCCACUGAUUCCCAGUGUUUCAACCCCAUUAAGGCUUUCCAAGGCUGCAUGAGACUCAUCUUUAUUGAUAACCAGCCCAAGGACCUCAUUUCUGUACAACAAGGAUCCCUGGGGAAUUUUAGUGAUUUGCACAUUGAUCUGUGUAGCAUCAAAGACAGGUGUUUGCCAAACUACUGUGAACAUGGAGGUGACUGCUCCCAAUCUUGGACUUCCUUCUCCUGCAACUGCAGUGCCACAGGUUACAAGGGCGCCACCUGCCAUGACUCCAUCUACGAGCAGUCCUGUGAGGUGUACAGGCACCAGGGUCACACAGCUGGGUUCUUCUAUAUUGACUCUGAUGGCAGCGGGCCACUAGGACCUCUUCAAGUGUAUUGCAACAUCACCGAGGACAAAAUCUGGAUGUCAGUGCAGCACAACAGCACAGAUCUGAUCCCUGUGCGGGGCGCUGACCCCAAGAAGCCCUAUGUCAGGACCUUGGACUAUGGUGGCAGUAUGGGGCAGCUGGAAGCCCUGAUCGAUGGCUCAGAGUACUGUGAACAAGAAGUAGCUUAUCAUUGCAGAAGAUCUCGUCUACACAACACACUUGAUGGAACCCCAUUUUCCUGGUGGAUUGGGCGAUCCAAUGAGAGGCACCCUUACUGGGGAGGUUCUCUUCCUGGGAUCCAGCAGUGUGAAUGUGGCCUGGACGAGAGCUGCCUGGACCUUCGCCAUUUCUGCAAUUGUGAUGCUGACAAAGAUGAGUGGACAAAUGAUACUGGCUUGCUUUCCUUCAAAGAUCACUUGCCUGUCACUCAGAUAGUUAUCACAGAUACCAACAGAUCAAACUCAGAAGCUGCAUGGAGAAUUGGUCCCUUGCGUUGCUAUGGCGACCGACACUUCUGGAAUGCUGUCUCAUUUUAUACUGAAGCAUCUUAUCUCCACUUUCCUACCUUCCAUGCGGAAUUCAGUGCUGACAUUUCCUUCUUUUUUAAAACCACCACUUUAUCCGGAGUUUUCCUAGAAAAUGUUGGCAUUAAGGACUUCAUCCGACUUGAGAUAAGCUCUCCUUCAGAAAUCACAUUUGCCAUUGAUGUUGGUAAUGGACCUAUAGAGCUCAUAGUCCAAUCUCCUUCUCCUCUGAAUGACAACCAAUGGCAUUAUGUCCGGGCUGAGAGGAACAUCAAGGAGACUUCACUACAGGUGGACAACAUUCUGAGAAGUUCCAGGGAGCCCUCGGAGGAAGGCCAUUUCCGACUGCAGCUGAGCAGCCAGUUGUUUGUAGGGGGCACGACAUCAAGACAAAAGGGCUUUCUUGGGUGCAUCCGCUCCUUACACUUGAAUGGGCAGAAGCUGGACCUGGAGGAGAGGGCAAAAGGCACUUCUGGAGUCAGGCCAGGCUGCCCAGGCCACUGCAGCAGCUAUGGAGGCAACUGUCAUCAUGGAGGCAAGUGUGUGGAGAAGCAGAGUGGUUACUCCUGCGACUGCACCAUGUCACCAUAUGAAGGACCCUUUUGCCAGAAAGAGGUCUCAGCUGUUUUCGAGGUUGGCACAUCGGUUACAUACACGUUCCAAGAGCCCUACCCUGUGACCAAGAAUGCAAGCCUCACAUCUUCAGCUAUCUACACAGAGGCAGCUCCAUCCAAGGAAAUCAUUGCACUGAGCUUCGUGACAGCUCAGGCACCCAGCCUCUUACUUUUUGUCAAUUCUUCUGCUCAGGACUCUCUGGCUGUCCUGCUCUGCAAGAAUGGAAGUUUACAAGUUCGCUAUCAGCUAGGCGAGGAAGAAAUCCAUGCAUUCACCAUCGGCGUAGAGAACUUGGCCAACAGAAGGAUGCACCAUGUGAAGAUUAGCCGGGAGGGCCGAGAACUUAUCAUCCAGAUGGACCAGCAAAUCCGGCUCAGCCAUACCUUCUCCCCGGAAAUAGAGUUCAGGACUGCAAGGUCACUCAUCCUAGGCAAAAUCACAGAGACUCUUGGGUUGGAUUCUGAAAUUGCUAAAGCAAACACCUUGGGUUUUGUUGGCUGCCUUUCUUCUGUCCAGUACAACCACAUAGCACCACUGAAGGCGGCACUGCGCCACGCCGCCAUCGCCCCUGUGACCGUCCGAGGGACCUUGACAGAAUCCAGCUGCAGCUCCAUGGUGGACUCCGAUGUGAAUGCAGUGACCACCGUGCAUUCUUCAUCAGGCCCCUUUGGAAAGACAGAUGAGCGGGAACCUCUUACCAAUGCUGUACGAAGUGACCCAGCAAUCAUUGGAGGAGUCAUCGCUGUAGUGAUAUUCAUUACCUGCUGCAUUAUUGGCAUCAUGACCCGUGUCCUGUACCAACACAGACAGUCCCACCGUACCAGCCAGAUGAAGGAGAAGGAAUAUCCAGAGAAUUUGGACAGCUCCUUUAGAAAUGAUAUUGACUUACAAAACACAGUGAGCGAGUGUAAACGAGAAUAUUUCAUCUGAAAGACUGCAGGCUCACCUAAUCUGUUUUUCUGGGGGCGGGGGGGAAGGGCGGUGGGCAUUUGCUAAUCCCCCUCCCCUUUAUCUUCUCUCUCCUGUCUUUUAAUUUUGCCAUUGCUUUUCUGGAACAUACCUGCAUCCUCCAUAGCAUCAACCCCUUGACCCAGCUGAGGAGACCAGACAGCUGUGGCUGUUGCGGUUGUCUCUGGCAUGUACAGCAACGUGCAAAAGACCACUGAAGACACUGACUGCCAUUCUCAACAAGAAAGUGACACAUACGCACCUGUGAAUAUUCAAUCUUGUUCCACUUUGUACAAUGCAUUCUUCAAUUUUGCAGCCACUUCAACUUGCAAGCUCACUUUAGACUUGAGCUCUGUGACUUAGGCAUUUAGGUAUCAACCCUGCCAUCCCUCCCCACAUCAAGCCCAUUUGAGCCAGGGAAUUGGGAAUUGAGGGCAAAGAAAAAGCUUUCAGAACUGUGCUCUGGUGUUAGUGAACAAGGAAUGUGAGAUGAUUGUGGUGUUAAUUUAAUUUACUUAUCUUAGGCAACCCCCUCCCAUCCUGACUCUACACCCUUUUUACAAUGACACUGAUCCCCUGGGUAUUUUUAAAUAGAGGAUUACUAAUAGUAAUCAGUUACAUUGGUUAUUUUCUUACCACACUCUUCUGGGGCCAAUAUUUUAGAGAAGCAUGUGAUAGUAUAAACUUAAGGGAAGCAUGGAAACAGUAGCUUGGAAUGAGAAGGUUUCACAAAGCUGUGAGAAGACAAGAUGGUCACAACUUAAAAACACCUCCUCCGGCUGUAUAAGAUGUUAGCUAGGUUUUUCCUGAGAUACUUGUACUGAGGUGAAGGGAAAUUUAGAAAUAGAUGAGCACUUUGCAGUUGCAUAAAGAAUUCUAAUACAAAUAUAAUGCAGUACUUGGCUCUAUGAAACAGCUAAAACUGUCUUCACUCAGCUUUUAGGAAAACUGAAAAAGAAUUAUGAAAAAUAACUUUAUGAAAGAGGAGACCUACUAAACAGAAUUUACCCCAUUCUAUCUAUACCUAAAGACUUGGUAAAGAACCCAUAUGCAGGUUUCCCAUUCUACAAUAGAUGUGGAUUCAUUCUCACCACUGGGCUGUUUUCUGAGAGGUUAAAGAUGAGCUAUUGUAUGUGGUACAAGUUCAUUUCUUCAGCAAAGCCUCUUUAUUCAUGCACAGGUGGUGAGAAGAUUUCUGAUGAUGUUGCUAUAGAAAUGUGCCUAACUCUAACCUUAGGUCACAUUGGAAAAAAAGACAAGGAGAAAACUGCAUAAAUGUUUCAAGAUGUUAGAAAUGUAGUAGAAUGGUCAUCAGAUAUGAAAAGAACGAGGUUGUUCUCCUCACAGGACAGAUUUCAUUUGCAAAAGAAGUAUCAUAUGUCUGCUGGCUAGCCUUGCCAGUCAGUAACUUACCCAUUCUACUCUUCCCAAGCAUUAUGUUUUUGCCCUUAUAACAGUUUCCUAUACCAGGAGACUAGUGGUGAGUCAACUAUUAGCUUUAUCUCACUACAAACCCAUGUAUUUUCUCCCAGUUUCAAAUAUUGGAUUAAAGAUUGAGUUUAGAAUCUCAGUCCAAAACUUUGAGAUGUUCUAAAUAUACACUUUCUCUCCUUAACAUGUUCUAUGAUUUCUAACUUCAUCACCUCAUCAUUAGGAUGCCAUUAUCCUUUUACUUAUAAAUUUAUUUUUACAUCAUUAUAGCAAGUAUAUAAGGAUACCUUUUUUUUAUUUUUCUAACUUUAAUAAGACAAAUGAUUGUUUAAUAAAAUGAAUGGUCUUUAAAUAGUGUUCCUUUUGCCCUCUCUUUUCCCCAAAUUUCACUUUUGAAUUUUCUGUUUCUAUAAAAAGUUUUAUAAAUUCUUCUUUUGCUUGGCUACCUGUUCCCUUGUCGCCUGAAAUAAUAACCACCAUGAAGUAUAGGAAGUUUAGCCUAAAACAUCUCCAGUAGUGACAUGGCAAAGGAAGGUAUGAGUCACCAGAGGGGAAUAUCUACUUAUUCAAGUCCCAGAGAAGGAGUGACAUGACAAAGGAAGGUGUGAGUCACCACAGGGGAACAUCUAAUUAUUCAGGUCCCAUAGAAGGAUGGACCAUAUUUUGAUGGUAGGAUGGCUGAUGAAAAAUAAAUAGAAGACUGGUAUAAGCCACCUCAGAGGAUUUGAUUUUCUCAUGUACACAUGCACACUGGCAGAAAAUCAUGAGGGGUAAGAGAUGUGUUAAGCAUAUCCUUGCCCCAUGUGUUUGACAGUCUACUGACAUCCUCCCUGCAUGUGCCCAUGGUGUAGACAGCACUAGGCAUUGACAUCCAAAAUAUAGAUGGAGGCCAUGAUGGUACAACAUUACAUGUAGUCACAGGGCUAAACCUGAAUGACUUCAUAACAUCAGAGAACACUAUGAUCUUUUCCUUUUCCAGAUAAAAAGCAACUAAGCUUCACCUCAAAAAUAAUAAUAAUAAUAAUAAUAAUAAUAAAGAAAGAAAGAAAGAAAAGAAAAAAUUAAAACACUGCAGCUGUAAGCUGUAAGAUAGAAUCAGAUGAACUCAGCCUGGGUUUCCAAUGUGCCUCAAUCUUCAAGAAAUUAUACUCUAUAUACAAGACUCAGACAACAUUCUAAUAUCCCUUUAACCACAUUCCUUUCUCGGUAUUUUAUUCAGGUUUCCUGAGUACCGUUCUUAGUCUCCUUGUCUCCUAUGAGCUUUGACACUCAGUCUUUCAAAACUGCUAUUCACAAAAAAAGAUUUUUAUGAACUAUUGCUCCUUUAUGGUAAGACCAAAAAAUACCUGUGCUUUCCAAUUCUAAGGGACUGUUUAAUUGACAAUUUCUACCAAAAAUGUAUUGGUACAAGCCAAAUUAUAUUUGUUUAAUUUAAAAUAGUUUAAACAUUAACUGCAUCAUUUACUCUUUGCAUAGUGUAUAUUGCCAUGGUUUUCCUGAGAAUUUAUUGAGAAGAGAAGCAGACAUUUAUCAUUUGCCAGAUAGGUGUUCAUGAGUAGCUCAGCUUAUAUUGAUUUUAAAAUCUAAGGGUGAUGUUUUAAAGUAAUUUAACUUUCUUUAGUAAUAGCAGAGAUGAUAUCAUCUUGAUAACUACCCUUUGUCAGAGCCAUGUCCACCACUGAAUAGCAGGAUCAGGAUUAGAACAAAAUGAACA